AUGGGCUACUUGACUCGAUCCAGUCGCCGGGCUAAUUCUCAAUCCGCGAAACCCGCGACGCAGCGCAAGCUAUCAGUACCUAAACCGCGUCUGAAACGCGCUUAUUCCGCGCACACUGGCAAUGCGCCAAUAACUGAACCAAAAAAGUCCUCUGAGACUGUAUGGGAGGACCCCCCGGUCGCACGCGCGCGCCCGACUGAGGCCAAUGCCGAUUCCACCAGCACAGAAAAGAACCCCAUCUAUAUCAUGAAACCGAUCGGCCAGUACCCGUCUCCCGCAGAGUAUAAAAGCGUCGGCUUGAAGCCACCUCCUAAGCAUGUCCGUAAGGUCACUAAGUGGGUGGGGGACACUGAUGAGGAGGAGGGAGACUUCAUGACCACCGACACCCCUAUAACACCAACCGCGGAGGAGGCCAUGCUCUCAGAUGCCUCGUGCAUUGAUAAACAAGGCGAUCGAUUCACAGGGGGAGUGAAUCCAGCGGCACUUAAGAGCUCCAUUGAGAAGAUGGUCAGAAGGGAUAUGGGUGUCACAGUGAAUGGAGAAGUGAAUGGAGACGACCCAGAUAAAACAAAUCUAGCGACACCGGUUUCCGAGGCCUUUGAUCUCCAUCUUCUACCUCCUUCGACAGCACACCCAUCCCUUUCUCCGGCAGAGACCCCCGUCCAGACCCCCGCUGACGAGGUCUUGACCGACUCGAUCUUAACGGUGCCCGACACUCUUCUUUCCGCACCCGACCCCGACACCCCCUUACACCAGACACAAUCACCUCCAGCUACAGCUGUAGCAGACGCUGGUAUGGCUUCAGAAGCUGAUAAGUCUACUACUGGUCGUAACUUUAUCGAUGUAUUAAAUCACAUCCCUCAGCCGGCAUCCGACGUUUAUGACGUUCCUCAGCUCAAAAAGAUCUUAGAGAACGCUAUUUCUCAUUCAAAGGUCAUUGGUGAUGACGAUGUUGCAUUAAGUCUUACCUACUUCUGGUCUGAAGUCAAAAGCGACGAAUUUAAGUUGGCGUUGAUUCAUAACAUCGGCCGGGAGAAUAAGGAUCACCGACUUGAACUCGCACUACGCACAAUACUCAGUCACUCAGUGCAAGAGGCCAAUCUAUGGUACAAUGAGUUCAGUACAAAAUGUGCUCAGGUGGAGCUUCGCCCUGAAUACGAAUCAGACAGCAGUUCCAGUUUGUCCUCUGCAAAGUCUGUCGCAGCAGAGCCAGGCAAGCCCUCUUUCAAAGUUUCUGACAUCUACCGGGACACAAGUGGCCCCAAACUUGAAGAACUAUUUGUGAAUGGGAAAACAAACACAGCUCCUUACAAACGCCCAAAGAAACCAGUUCGUGUCAACGAAAACUCCUUCAAGCGCCGACACGAGUGGGAAACAGACCCAGCCAUGGGUGAGAAGAUGCGCAACAAGCGUGCUCGCUUUGCCAAGGAGGCCAAUGUUGAGGAAAUCCCUGUGAAGCCCAGCUCCAUCCGCCCUGAGCUUCCCGACCCAGAGAUCCAGCCGGAUGAGCCGGACAAAGACGUUGACGCACCUCCUGUGCCAGACCUUUCCCCACGCUCCAAGCGUGCUGAAGAGCGAAAGGAGCGACAGAAGAAGCAGGAUCAAGAUAAAGGCAAAGCUCCAGCCUCAAAGAAACAGAAAAAGACCUCCACUCCAAAGUCUCCUGUUCCUGUGAACAAUCGAUCUCGGUCCCUUUCAAAUGCUAGCACCAAACGGCCUGCUUUGAAAGAUUGGCGGCAGAAUUGGAUGGCCCGGUUCCGACCUGACUCGAAGGACAACGACGCAGAAAACAUCGACAACUGCGCUUGGUGCGGUGGUGGUGGCAAGUUACUGUGCUGUGACACCUGUGAAAAUGCCUUCCAUUUCAAAUGUGUGAAGACUGCCAACAAGAAUUCCCUCAAGGAUGAGUGGUUUUGCCCGAAUUGCGAUGCUCAGCAUGAGUUCACCUUUGCGAUCCUCGCAGCCGACACCCUCGAAAAAUCCGAUUAUUGUCCCCCCACCGAGAUUAAGGAGUACUUUGCUGGUGUCGGUGAAGUAGUCCAGUAUGAUCUUGGCGACUCAGAAGACGAAGAUGCGAAUGGUCCUGGUGACUCGUCCCCAUGCAAGAAACAGCGCUUCUUCCAGACCGUUCCCCACAUUCCACGUCUGACUAAGCCAGCGAAGCCCGGAACCUUGACACCGGCCUACAACGAUCCCAGCCUGCUCAAGCUAAUGGAAAACGGGCAUGUGAUCCUUUGCAACAAAUGUGGCAAGUCCACGGACAAUGUGCGCCCCAUAAUCAAAUGUGACUACUGUCCUUGCCGUUUUCACAUGGAUUGUCUUGAUCCUCCCCGUGCCAUCCCCCCUAACCCUGUUGCCGGGUGGAUGUGUCCCAACCACGUCACGCCGGAGGAUCUGCUCGCCAUAAAAAUCGUCGAUGGCAAUGUUCAGGAGCGUCGUGUUCGUCGUCCCCGGAAUUUACUCCUGGUAGAUGCAGAGCCCAACACCAGUUAUGACCGGGAUUCCACGUUUGACGACGACUGGCGGGCAGAUCGCCUUCGUUUCCCUCCUGGGGACAUGAUCAUGGAUUUUGUAUCCGCUGUUAAGGAAGAUCGCAAGAAUACCAACAAAGAAGUCGCUGAGCGCCUGGCGAGGCGCAUGGUCGCCGUUACUACGCUUGCAGUUAAGGACUUGGCUAGAAAUGGCGGCAAUGCUUCUGAGGAAUGGAUGCAGAACUUUGAAUCUCUUUGCGAAUCUGAGGCCCAGCAUGUUCGAGCUGGAGAUUCUCGAGACCGAGAGAUCAGUGCUGCAGACGCUCUCCUCGAUAUGCUCCAUGGUGGCCAACAACAAUCUACCCCCCUUCAAUCUUCCCAGCCUGAACAGCCAGCCGACGAAACACCGGCUGUCGAGGCCGAGAAGGAAACCAAGGAAUCCCCCACGAUCAAGCCUGCUGCCUGA